GGUCGACGGUGCACAGCUCAUUCUAAAUUUCUGCUCCGCUUUCCCCACCAUGCUCGACCACUGCUCCAUCUCGCACAAAGGCGGCAUCGUCCUCUGGUCGCGCUCCUUCACGCCUGACGCCUCGCACCUGGCUGCCUCCUCCGCAUCGCCCGUCAACUCGCUUAUCCGCGAGGCAUUGAUCGAGGGCCGCACAGCAGAAGAGAAGUAUGAGAAGGACGGCUACGCCGUGAAAUGGACGUUCGUCAACGACCUCGAGCUCAUAUUCGUGGUCGCAUACCAGCGUAUCCUGCAACUGACCUAUGUCGACGAUCUGCUCGCUGCUCUGAAGACGCUGUUCGUCAAGAUGUUCCAACCGUUUCUGGCGACCUUUGUGGCCUCGCUGCACGCUAUGAACUCCGGGAAGACGACUAUCAUCGAAGCGACCACGGCACUUAGUUUCGCACAUACUUUCGAUGGCUGGGACAAGAUAUUCGACAAACUGCUUAAGAGUCUGGAGGAAAAGGCCGCUCUGGACCGGCGGUCACGUCUGCGGCCAGUCGAGAAGGCCCUUGUGGAUGAUCUCUCCAGCUCUCCGCCCUCGGAAGAGCUGGAAACGCUCCCCACACAGUCUUCAGACACUCCGCAAGACGAGCAGCAAAUCGCGCGCAACGUGCAGGCACUUAAGAACCGCUUACGAGGCCGAGGUGGAAAACGCGGGGGGCGAGGGGGACGGUCGGAGGCCGGAAGCGGCAGGGAGAGCGUCCCUGGCUCCGAUACCGAAUCGACUCCCUCAAAGAAGAAGUCCAAAGUCGCCAAGGUACAACGCAAGUGGGGUGAUCAAGUCCCCACCGAAUCGGACAUGGCGUCUUUAGACUACAGCAUGGAUUCACCCAGUGAAGCAGGUCUUUCGCAGGACCUCGAAGCCCUUGUCGACCAGGCGUCACUUGGGGUUCGAACUCAAGAUGGAAUGUACGAGGUCAAAGAUUGGGAGUUCUCCAAAGAGGAAGACAGUGCGAUCGCGGCUGCCUUGAAAGGACCAGAGGUCAAGCCGGCGGCGUCCACCGGCUCUCUCGGCGCGUUGGGAUCCCUGUUCUCGCGCUUGACAGGGUCCAAAGUGCUCACUGAACAAGACCUGAAGCCUGUGCUCGACGGCAUGAAGCAGCAUCUCAUGAAGAAGAACGUCGCGGUCGACAUCGCUGAGAAAGUAUGCGAGGGAGUGGGUGAGAGUUUGAUAGGAAAGAAAGUGGGCGGGUUCCAAACCACCAACGCUGCUGUCAGGAUGGCCCUGUCGACGUCUUUGACACGUAUUUUGACUCCGAAAACUUCGACCGACCUGCUCCUUUCGAUUAGAACAAAGCUGUCUUCGCCGUUGCCGUCCACACAGCAGCGAAUGCCAUACAGCAUCACGUUCGUCGGAGUCAACGGGGUGGGAAAGAGCACCAAUCUUUCUAAAGUCUGCUUCUGGCUGAUCCAGAACGGGCUCCGAGUGCUGAUUGCUGCAUGCGACACCUUCCGGAGUGGAGCGGUUGAGCAGCUCCGAGUGCAUGUUCGCAAUCUAAGCAUGCUGGGAGUGGACGGCGCCACUGAUAGCAAGGGCCGAGUUGAAUUGUUUGAAAGGGGAUACGGCAAGGACGCGGCUGGCAUCGCACGGGAAGCCAUCAGCUAUGGCCGGGACAACGACUUCGAUGUUGUUCUGAUAGAUACGGCUGGUCGCAUGCAAGACAACGAGCCUCUCAUGCGUGCUCUCGCCAAGCUGGUGGCGGUCAAUUCCCCGGAUAAGAUCAUCUUCGUGGGAGAAGCCCUCGUCGGAAACGAAGCGGUCGAUCAGUUGACCAAGUUCGACCGAGCUCUGCGUGACUUCUCUUCUGCAUCUGGGGCUGGCAAAGGGCGCGGCAUAGACGGGAUGCUUGUGACCAAGUGGGACACCGUAGACGAUAAAGUCGGCGCAGCACUGUCGAUGACCUACGUUACUGGCCAGCCCAUCAUUUUCGUCGGUUGCGGACAGACGUAUACCGAUCUGCGGCAAUUGAGAGUCGCUAAUGUUGUUCAAGCCAUUUUAGCCAACUAAAGCGGGUAUAAUCCGGGAAUCGAUCAUAGACCGGUGGCUAGACUUUUCCUCCGAAUAGACCGAGAGAGCGGGAUCUGUAAAGGACAUGCUGCUCCGGUACGACUGUGAUUCAGCUGCGUAGUAAGCCGAAGGAUAGACGACAUUGAAGUUCUCUCGGAUGAAGUCUUCGGACGGCGCGGUGCGACGUCUCUGCCGUCUUCGCAGCAGGAAGAAGGCACCCAGACUCAAGAUAGUCAGCAGCGCUAGAGCGCCAAGGAUACCGGCUACUAUCGCGCCAGUUGGGGCGUGGGAAGUGGCACUCGUCGACGCUUUUGGCUGCACUGUGCUCUCUGGAGCGAUGUCAGAUGCGCCCGUCGA